AUGUUUGCCUGUCAGCUGCCUUGGUGGGCUUCCAGCGCUACCUGCAAGCUGUGGAAGUCAGGGCGCUUUCUGCCUCGUGUCUGGGAGAUGUGCCAAGCACAGAGUCCUAAAGGAAUGGACAGGAUGGCAGGACAAGGGCAACAGAUCAGCAUGCAGGAGAAACAACCAUUAGAAGAUCUGGAAAUACCCCUUGUAAGGAGAGAAACCAGGACCCUCUACCAAGAGCAGCCUUGUUUUUUGCUUCGGAGUUACUUGGGAACUCAUCUUCCUCCCAAGAUCCUGGAGGAGGUGAAUCAGGAUCUGGAGAGAUUUGGGAGCUGUCUGCUAACUGAGAGCAAACCUCUGGGCUGGGAGUGUGAGUUGAACCCCCCUGUGGAUGCCUGGGGGCAGCAGGUGGAUCAGCCUGGAGGAGGAUCAGAGAUCUCAGCAGAAGAAGGGCUGACUGCUGAGGCCUCCAACUGGAGCUGUCUGCAUCAGGCUGUCAAACUCUAUGGAUUUUCAAGCUCCUCUGGAGGUUUCAGCUGUUCACUGGCCAUGACUGAUGGGGCAGCCAAAGUCACUGAGUCACUGGGUGUCCCUGGAUCUCUGAAAAAUGCUUUUGAGCAUCUGACAACUCGUGACCCCAAGAAGUUCUGGACCUCUGGGCAGUGGAUAGGCUCUGAUGUCACCAACGGAACUGAGACAGUGGCCAGGAAGCAGCCAGAUGGCACAUAUCUUCUCUACGGUUUUAAAUCAGCUGCUGAUUCUGAUGUGGCAUUAACCCUGGCCAGGGUAGCAGAUGCUGAAGGAUGUGUGAAACAGGGUUCUGGUGGGCUGUCCCUGUUCUUCCUGAAGGUUCAAGAUGAGGAGGGAAAGCUGAACAACAUCCAAAUCCAAAGGCUGAAGGACAAGUUGGGCACACAGCAGAUGGCCACAGCAGAGCUAUGGCUUGAGGGAGCUCCAGCAGAGCUUGUAACUAGUGAGAGCAAAUGCAUGAGUAUCACUGGGGAGUGUGAUCAGGGUUUCAUCAGCCCCGUUUCCUUGAAGGAGGUAACUACACGGUCAUUUUUCCUGCCAUUGUUUUCUUUGCAGAAAAAAAUGGGAUUGGCUUCCAGCCCUGGGAAGUUGGAGGCUGCCGAGGAGCAAACGCUGGGGGCUCUCAGCAGCCUCAAUGGUUUCACCCAAGCAGCUGGGUCCAGGCAGGCAGUGACCAUGGAGCUGGCAGCAAGAGACUUCUCCUACACCCUAGCAAGGAUCUCUGCAGGGAUGGCCCUUUCAGUUGAUCAUGCAGCUCAGGCUGAUGCCUCCUCUACAGACAUCUCAGCUGCUCAGAGGGAAGCAAAACCCCUCCUCUAG